CCGGGUUGUGACAUGUGCGAGAAGUUUAGACAGCAGACGAAUUAAGAAAGGUUCUUACAAGUUGAAAUGGUGUUAUACACAACACAGGGUGGUUUUUGCGCUCGGUUUGUUUAUAAAAUUGAAUUGGGUCAACAUGUGCUGAAGAUCCCGGAUUAAUGGGUAGUCGUGUUUUAGUUUAUGUUACGGACGGGGGUCAGCGCUCAACUGGUGCUACAGCCUGUAGUAUGAUCCAUGUACAGUGUACAUUUAGUCAAAUCGGCAGACAUGUCAUCCGUAGAUAUGUAAUUAAUAUGAUGCCAAAAUAUAUAAAAUACCCCAAAACAAAUGUGACAAAAGAAAAAUGGAGACAUAUUCAUCCAUAAAGAUGACAUGGAAGUAGCAAGGAACCAGUGUCUGACUGGACCAAGUCGAAAUGUCAGCCUUUGUUUCACCUGCAGUCAGAUGUGCUUUAACCAAGUCAGUACUGAGGUCAUGGUGUAAGUCGAGACGCCACCUAGUAUCAUGUGGCUCACAGACAUUGCACUACAGCACCAGGAACAGGUCCACUGUAGUAGAAGAAGCUAAACCUUUCCAUCGGUACCUGGAUGCUAGCGAUGCUGCAACUGAUGACAUCCUGGCCAGAGAUAUGAUCAUCCAUGAAAACUUCCUGUCUGCAGAGGAGGAGAAAUGUCUACUUGAUGAAGUAGAACCCUAUAUGAAACGUCUUCGUUAUGAACAGGAUCACUGGGAUGAUGCAAUCCAUGGUUACCGUGAGACUGAACGGCGUAAGUGGAAUGAGAGGAACAUGGCAAUCCUACAGCGAGUGAAAGAUUUAUCCUUCCCACCUGGUACCCCUCAACUAGCAUACAUUCAUGUCCUGGACAUCUCCAAAGAAGGCUACAUAAAACCACAUAUAGAUGCUGUCAGGUUUUGUGGCAAUACAAUUGCCGGCCUGAGUCUGCUGUCAUCGGCUGUGAUGAAGCUGGUACAUGAGCAGGACAAGGACAAAUUUGCCAACAUCCUCCUCAGACAGAGAUCACUCUACAUCAUGAAAGAUGCGGCCAGAUAUAACUACACUCAUGAAGUUCUCCCGGAAUCCCAAUCCAUGUUCCGGGGCCAGAUGAUCCCGCGAAACAGGAGAAUGUCCAUCAUCUGCAGGAACGAGCCCUUGCCAGAACACACAAGUGACAGUUGAUGAACCACUACAUGCAUGUGCAAAAUACUAGACAACCCAAAGUGCUUUCUUUAUUCAUGAUUAUUGUAAAAUCAGUGCCAGUAUUUACUUCAGUUUGAUUGGUUGAAACACCCUAGGUUGCACUGGAUCACAGAAAUCCUUUGGCCUUUCUACUGUGUGUGAAUACUUUUCUUAACUUCUUUGAGAGACAUUGGAGCAGAAAGGAAGGGUAACAAUAUAUGGAUGAACAGUUUCAUUAUUAUUACAGUGAGAGCUGAAAACAGGUCAUCAACUACUCUCACUGUAAUAAAGAGGUUGUUCAUCCAUAUAUAUGGUUAUCCUUCCUUAAUACAUUUCUUGUUAUAUUUGUUUUUCUCAGUCAUAAACUUGUAAACAAAGACAUGUCAAAAGGAAUGCCACAUUCAUUAGAUAUCAAAUUUGAUAAAUAUAUGGUCUGAACACCUUUAGUAGUUUACUUUGACAUGCUGACAAGCGACAGGCUCAUUUGUCAUGGAAACAUGAUAUCAUCCUUUGCAUCAUGAGGUCCUAUCAUUUCAGAACGACAUCUCACAAAUGUGAUAAGUCCCUGAUAUUCCUGCAACUCUGAAAGUAACUGUUGAUAUGUAAAUAUCCAUAAAAAUGUUAAAUGGCCUAAAAGUAGCAUAUACAAUAUGAUGUGACUAGAAAUGUUGGUUGUUUUUUUAUAGUUUUAUAGUUAGAAUUGGUCAUCAGCAGCCCAUGCUGGUACGAGGCGACAAACAGGAUUGGGUGAUCAGGCUCACUGACUUGGUUGACAAACAUCAUCGU